CAGUAUUUACGAGAAAAAAAUAUUAUUUAUUUUAUACGAUUAUAUAAUGUUUGGUACAAGAUAAAUGUGAUCAUUGUGCAAAGAUGUACAAAGUCUAGAAUAAAUAGACACUAUAAUGGUAAUGUCGUGAAUUAAGUUACAACAAAUAAUUAUAAGUAGGUACAAAAGGAUACUGUCUAUUUGUAAAGAAUGCUGUGUAACUAUGGUUAUACCAGUCAAUUGUUGAAACAAAUAUAUUUUGGGACUCACUAGUUUCUUAUUAAAUCUUGCACCCGCUAAAUCAACCAGCAACGAUAAAAUACAGGGUGGAUGCUUUUGCUGAGAUGAUAUAUACAUAAUGAAGACCACGGUUGUAGACAAGAAAAACGUCGAAGACUUACAGAAUGAUGGACAAAUCUGGCCACAAGUGUUAGCGAUCGUAGUAGUAUGUUUCGUUCCAUUUACGUGUGGCUUAUUAUUCAGUUGGUCCUCGCCAUUCCUAUUAAAAAUCACAAAUGACAAAAACACUUACGACAUAUCCGAAGAAGAAGGCUCAUAUUUCACAGUUAUACCGCCCAUUUCGAUGAUCCUGGCAAGCAUCUUUUGUUCAAAUUUAAAUGACAAAAUUGGAAGGAAACCCACAAUACUCUUAAUUAGUGUACCACACGUUAUUGCCUGGAUUCUCACCGCUACAGCAACAAAUGUUUGGAUGUUCUACGCGUCCAGAUUCUUCGCGGGAAUAGCAGACGGACUGAUGUUCGCUUCUGUGCCGAUGUACAUCGGAGAAAUAUCCACGCCUAAGGUCAGGGGAGUGUGGGGGAACGCCUUAACCUUUGCCAUUUACCUGGGCCAGUUCAUAAUCACCGUGACUGGUAGUUACUGCGACGUGAAACGGACAUCUUAUAUAUGCAUCUGCUUUCCAUUGAUUCAUUUCAUCCUCUUCUAUUUUAUGCCGGAAUCGCCUUAUUUUUACAUCAUGAAGGGGAGAUUUCAAGAAGCCAGGGAAACAUUGACACGAUUGAGAAAGAAACAUGACGUCGAGGAAGACUUUCUUUUAUUGAAAGCCGACGUGCAGAGGCAAAUGUCGGAAUCUGGUACUUGGAAGGAUUUAUUUACCAUCGAUAGCAACAGGAAAGCUUUGUUUGCUGGAAUUUUUCUAAGAGCAUCACAACAGCUCGGUGGUAUAUCCACAUUUGCUGUGUAUACACAAUACAUUUUUGAAAAAUCUGGAGGAAACUUAGAUCCACAAGUCUCAUCUAUGAUAUUUGUUGGUGCGACUUGUCUCUUGAACCUUGUAGGUGCCUACACUUUGGACUUGUUUGGCAGAAGACUGUCGUAUAUAGUUUCUUUGGUAUCUUGUGGUGUAGUAUUACUUAUUGAAUCUAUUUAUUUCUAUAUAGAUCAAUUUGAAACUCAGAUAGAUAUAAAGUUCCUGAACUGGAUCCCAAUAACUGGAAUGAUGGCUUUUGUACUAUUUUUUUCUAUCGGUUUAGGAAUUGUUCCCACAUUGAUGCUUGGUGAAUUGUUUUCUGCAAGUAUUAAAGCCAAAGGCUUAAGUGUUUUGAUUGUGGUAUUUGGGAUUUUUGUUUCCACAAUUACCAAACUAUUUCACUUACUCACUACCAAUUUUGGUCUGUUUUCGCCGUUCCUACUAUUUUCUAUAAAUUGUUUUCUGUCAACAAUUUUAGCAAUAUAUUUGAUACCGGAAACUAAAGGAAAAACUCUCGAACAAAUUCAACAAUCUCUAAAAGGUUCCAAGAAAACAAAUGAAAAGAUUAGAGUGGAAACUAAUCCAAACCCUUAAAGUUAAUACCAAUUUAUAGUUUCUUGAAAUCAAACAUUAAAUGCAAACUAUACAGGUUCCAUCUGCCGUUACGUGAGAGCGAUAAAGUAAGACAUAGAAAUCCAUGCGAUAGAGAAGGAUGGCUAUAAUGAAGGCGUCUCAUAGUCACCGCCCGUUUCGCCCUUCCACAAAUAAGAUCCACUCCUUAUUUCUUAAGGGCGAAAUGGACGGUGACUAUUAGACGCCUUCAUUAUAGCCAUCUUUCUCUAUCGCACGGAUUUCUAUGACUUACUUUAUCGCUCUCACAUAACGGCAGAUGAACCAUCGGUACUUCCGACCCUGUAUACUUAAGGUUUACAAGAAAAAAAAUACUGCUUAUUUUGAAUGACUAUUACAAGAUAAAAGUGAUCUUUUUACAAGCUUUUAUUUAACUUGCCUUACUAGUAUGGGUCAGAUCUUGGAACUGAAUUUUAAAACAGUUAUCCCCAACACGUUUAGUUUGGAUGACAAUGCAUGGUUAGCUAAGUGACGUCAUUCUAAAUCCAAUAUGACGAACUCCCAAAGAUGUCGGGUCAGUUAUUUUUUAUGGACUCCCAUGAUAUCAAGUGAAAGCGCUUGCUGAAAAGAAUACGAAAAUAAAAUGACGUCACUAAAAGCUUGUUUUUUUAAUUUUUUUUUGUACAUGAACUUAUUUUAGUAUACUAGACGUACUUAGGUUUUUAUAACGACUAUAAGACUGAUUGCUUAUAACAAUAAAGUUGUUGGCAUUCAGAAUUGUGUACCGUAAAAAUAUACAGAGAGAACCAGAAUGAUUGAUGGUGCUGCUAUUUACAAAUAGUUUGUGUGCCGCUUUCCUAUUAUUUUCACUCUUCAUAGUUGCCAACACAGUGAUUUACUUCGUUCAGUGGUGGGUUAAGUAUGCUGAGCAAAAAUGUUAUAAUCUGCGGCUUCAUGAUUUAGAAACUCUUCCUGGAAUUAGAAAAAACGUUAAUGGAUUGAAUAAUUCCAUACAUUUUCAUUUCGUUGACCACUCCAAAAGUAGGCCUCUGCAAUAAAUUUAUCGUCGUCUAACGAACAGACGAUUUUUUAACCUAAAACAGUUGGAGUACUUUAUAUCGAAGAAACUGUCAAUAUUUGCUUCCUAACCACAAAACUAACAGUGGACAUAUGAUUAGCGUUGAAAAACGCUGAUUAUUUAGAAUAUUAACGGUAACUUCGAAUAAAAACACAAUCUGCGAACAAAAAUAAAUACAACAGCAAGUACACACGGGAGGCACGAGGAUCUCUGAAUUGACAGACUUGUCGGUCGGAAAUUUAAAGAACACGGAACGUAAUUUUGUUGAAAUGGAAGUAAAUUUUAAUAUCUUUGGUAAUAUUUCCAUGUGACGUCAGCUUCAAUCAUUCUGGAUCGCUCGGUAUAAAGUCUGAAGAAAGUAGACACUAUAAUAGUAACGACGUUUAAGUUACAACAAAUAAUUAUAACUAUAAACGUAAACUGUCUAUUUGUAAAGAAUGCUGCGAUAUUGUGAUUAUUCCAUCAAUUAUAGAAGCAAAUAUAUUUUUGAAGUCGA